GAUGAACUCAGUGUUGAACACACAAAAGUCAGUUCUUGUGUCUCUGACUGAGACCUAUUUUUGUUUCCGUUUGUUUCUAUAACCAGCAGGAAACUGAACAGAAUGGAGGCUAAUCAGUGUACCAUUUGCUGGAUACCUCUUUCUUUUGUAACUGUAAUUAUGAUAAUUUCUUUACUGAAAAAUAUUUCAUACUUCUUGAAAAACAAAAAACAAAAAGGGGAAAUUUGUGAAGAUUAUAAUGAAUGUAAUCCAAGCAAUGAGGAAUUUCAUGCAGAAGCUUAUCCAGUUUAUGAUAACCUUAAUCCCUACCAUCAGGAGAUGCUAAAUGAAAGUUGCUAUGAGAAAAUGAAUGUCCAUUCUCCCAGAUCCACCACUGAUGUACAGAUAGCUGAACGCCAAAUGUGCUAUGCUUCCCUUGAUCAUAGUGUCAGAAGAAAGCACAAAAUUCAGCCCAAAAAGAAAUAUCCUACAUUAGAAAUGGGUGAAAAUCAACUUACCAGAAACACCACCACGCUGUCUUGCAUUUAUCUCAACAGUGAACAACUCAGUGCUGAAAAUAAGUUGACUGAAAACACUUCUCACGUUGAUUCGUUCAGAGAGUUUGGUUUAAAACACAAGGCAAACGAUGUCAUGUUUUAGUAACCAAAUAAUUUUCUCAAAGUAAACAUUCACUAAGACAGUCAAUUGCCAAGUUAGGUAAGUGAUCGUUUGAACAAAAUAUUUUGUGCCACUGAGUUCUGUAGAGGAACAAUUUAUAGAACUUUCUGAGACUUUUAAUUAAAAUAUUGCCCACCAUUUGACAUGGUGCUUAGAGUAGUCUGGAUCAUGGAAGAAGUUGUCUGAGCAGUGGAGAAACUUGCUUAGCCCUUUAGCAUGCCAGUGGGGAACUGGUUAUAUACCCUCCACCUGGUUCAUAUAUGAGUAGGAGCCAAAUUACAAUCUUUGCUAUAAAGCAGUUAUAUUCCAUUAGAAGAUUAGAACCAUUAACAAAAAACUUGCUAACUUCCUGACAAAAACUUAUUCAUUCAGCUCUACUCAGUAUAAUUAUAACUUGCCAUACUGCAUGUAUAAUAAUAUCAGGAAAUAUUUAAGGUUAAUUAGGGAAUAAUGUAUCAGCUUUGAUUCAUCUAUUUAACAGUUGUACAGCUAGCAAAUGUAAUGUCGGCAUGUAUUUAGUUUCCUGCUAGUUAAGAACUGCUAGAGUCAAUCCCAAUUACUCAAUGAGAAUGUAAUGUCUUGAGCAUCUGAAUUAAAUGGUCUGUAAAAAAAGUAGUAAAUGAGGUAUAAAAAUAAAUCUCCAAGGAAGAAUUUGACAUUUUUCAUUGUAUUUAAGUAAUUGUUAUUGACUUUUACACCAGUUUUAUAGUGUAUUCUAUAAGAAGUGAUAUUCCUAAUUACCCCCCAGAUAUACUGUAUCUGUUCAAUUCAGUCCAAAACAUUGUCUUGUAAUAAAAACUACCUGAAUGCAUUGGAAAUCUCAUAAUAUAGCAAUGAAGUUUGAAUGAAGCAUUUUAUUGUCUUGAAAUCAAUUGAUGAUCUUUAAAUCUGUCUUAUACCUUUUUUGAUUACUAAGAAACAAUAGCAUUUUGUUCCUAGUGAACAAAUUCAAGAAAAAAUUGAUAUAGUUGGUAUUUUUACAGGAAGUAAAUAUUUAAAUAUGACAUUUCAUCUAAUUUGACAUGAAAGUAAAGAAUUAGUUCCAAAAUAUGUAUUAUAUAAUGCUUCCUCUAAUAAUUAUUUCAUAUAUUUUAACUUAUGCCUAAUUCUUAGAAUUACACAAAUGCUAAUGUGCAUAUGCAAGAUCAUCUAGAAAAAUAUAUGCUGCAAAUCAUGUUUAUCUAAGAAGUUGAGAAUAACCUGAGCUUGAUUAUGUCAUAAAAUUGUGAGCCAGCAGUUUUAUUCUGAAUUCUUCAACUAUUUCUGCCUAUGUGGUAUGAUUGGGCAGUUGGCAUGGUCCAAGGAUCUUUCAUUAAAUGUUAUAAUUUGCAGGAUUGAGGAAGCAUGGUCUCUGUACUUCAGAAAAGCAAUUUCCUCAAGAUGCAUGCUUCCCAUCCUUUAAAUGCUACAGAAAUCUCUUCAUACUGGGAUUGAGAUGUGUUUGGAGGCCCUGGCAAACACUGUUGAUUUUGGGUGUUAUUUAUGUGGUAUUUCUCUGGUGACCUUGCUCCCUUUUAAAUUAUGUAAACUGUUCAGUCUUUUUGGAGUUAGGUGGUCUAGGA